AUGGACCAGGGCAGUGGUGCCAGUCCAGGCAGUGGUGCCAGUCCAGUCACUGGUAUGAAGCUCCUAGACUCCCUUUGCCCCCUCUACCACCUGAGGUACAAGGCAGUUGUGAAGCCACUGGAGCGGCAGCCCUCCAAUGCCAUCCUGAAGACCUGUGUUAAAGCUGGCUGCGUCUGGAUUGUGUCUAUGAUCAUUGCUCUGCCCGAGGCUAUAUUUUCCAAUGUAUAUACUGUUGAAGAUCCCAACAAAAAUAUGACCCUUGAAGCGUGUACCUCAUAUCCCGUUUCUGAGAAGCUCAUGCAAGAGAUACAUUCUCUGCUGUGUUUCUUGGUGUUCUAUAUUAUCCCACUCUCGAUUAUCUCUGUCUAUUAUUCUCUGAUUGCUAGGACUCUUUACAAAAGCACCUUGAACAUCCCUACUGAGGAACAAAGCCAUGCCCGCAAGCAGAUCGAAUCCCGGAAGAGAAUUGCCAAAACCGUCUUGGUGCUUGUGGCUCUGUUUGCUCUCUGCUGGUUGCCGAAUCACCUCUUGUAUCUCUACCACUCCUUCACCUAUCAGACCUACGUGGACCCCUCCGCCAUUCAUUUUAUUGUCACCAUUUUCUCUCGGGUUCUGGCUUUCAGCAAUUCUUGCGUAAACCCCUUUGCUCUUUACUGGCUGAGCAAAACCUUCCAGCAGCAUUUUAAAGCUCAAUUACUCUGCUGCAAGGCAGAGCUGCCCGACCCUCCUCCCGCGGAUACCCCCCUUAACAACCUGGCUGUGAUGGGAAGGGUCCCAGGCACUGGAAGCUCGCAGGUGUCUGAAAUUAGUGUGACCUUGUUCACUGGGUGCAGUGCGAAGAGGGAAGAUGACAGAGUCUAG